AUCUGCAAAAAAGGAGGUCAUCGUGCAAAUAUUUUCUCAAAGAGAAGCCAUGAAGGAUCCAAGAGUUCUAAAAUAUGUCUAAAAUGUGGGGAUUUUGGCCAUGAUAUGUUUUCUUGCAAGAACGACUAUGCUACUGAUGAAUUGAAAGUGUGUGCUACUGAGGAAACUUUCAACCUAGAGUUUUAUGUUGUGUCGUCGAAAUUUAUCAGUGUUCCAUUUCUUCUAUUGCCUUUGAUAAGAAAUACAGUGUUACAUCUGUAUGAAUUCUGGCCAUCUUUGCUAUGCAAAGAAUGUACAGUAUCUCGUGGGGAGACUAGCGGUACUGGGUCACUUAAUCCCUGUUAUCUAUGUGGUGAAGAAGGUCAUUUUGCACGCGAAUGCACUAAUCUUAGCAAAAUCAAUAAACGGAAUCAUGAAUCAUCAACCCCUAAGAAGAAAGUGCAGAAGAAGAGAAAAGAGCAAAAAAAGUUCAGGUCUGAACCUCGUGAUUUUGGUAGAGCAUGAAAGAAGAAAGGAAAAAAUUAAGGCAAAUAUAUACCAGGAUGUAAGGUGAAACAAAAGGGUGGUUGGAUCCCGAAUGAUCCUGAAGACUGUCCUCAACCAAUUAAUUGAAAAUCUCCUUCAACUUCUAGAAAUAAGAGAGCUAAGAUUUCAAACUUGAGUACAGAUGGUAACUUUCCUGUACCUCGUUCAUCCAGAACGUCCAACGGACUUGAUUUUGAUACUUUCGCUUUUUAUGGGUCAAACAAUUAUCAUCACUAUAGGUUAUCAGCAUCUGGUGAUUUUGACAAUUCAGCUUCUUAUAGUUCAGGCAUAUAUCAUCAUUACCAUGGGUUUCAACAUCUGGUGAUUUUGAUAAUUUAACUUCUUCUGGUUCAGGCAAUUAUCAUCAUUACCAUGGAUUUUCAGCAUCACGAUUUGGCAACAUUAGUCACAAUAGGUGGAGAAAUAAUGGUUGGUAGCCGAGAUUAUUUCUCAGGUGUAGUUAUUUGGUUGAGAGCUUCUUGAAAAGGUCGGAGAACCUGUUUAUGUUCAUAAUUCAUGGAGACUGAUUGCGCGAGCUCAUUAAUUCAUCUGGGAUUUUUCAAGUUGUUUGUACAGGUGAGUAUGUAACUGAGCAUGAUCUCAUCAGUUGUAGUUACAUUUCAUUUAGCAGUUUGUAACUUGCUAUGUGCCUUUUAUUCC